AUGCCGCGUUCCGGAAGUUGCUGCUUUCUACGGUCCCUGUGGAUUCAGCUCUGUCGCUGUCUGUUCGACACAAGGAGGAAGACAGAGCUGGCUACCCUGACCAAAGGUCCCUUUAGAUGAUGCAGUUAUGGGCGCUGUCGCUGUGGCAAUUACAAUUCGCCUUUCAAGUUUUCCUUUGGAGUUUGAGUUACUGCAAUCCUCAUUACCAGAUUUACUAGUACUGUCUUCAGUACUGAAGGCUUCUGACUUCAUUCUUCACCUUUUUCUUUUUCAUCAGAACUUGUUUACUCAAUUCCUAAGUACCUACCUUUGCACCUUGUAAUCAUCCUUUAUGCCUCAGAUUGUUACUUUGUGUCAGUAAGUAAUCCAUAAAGUGCCAGCAUGGGGAAGAAACGGACAAAGGGAAAAACUGUUCCAGUUGAUGAUUCCUCUGAAUCCUUAGAACCUGUAUGUAGACACAUUAGAAAAGGAUUGGAACAAGGUAAUUUGAAAAAGGCUUUAGUGGAUGUGGAAUGGAAUAUUUGCCAAGAUUGUAAGAUGGACAAUAAAGUAAAAGAUAAAUCUGAAGAAGACACAGAAGAAAAUCCUUCAGUUUGGCUGUGUCUUAAAUGUGGCCAUCAGGGCUGUGGCAGAAAUUCUCAGGAGAAGCAUGCCUUGAAGCACUACAUGAUACCAAGAUCUGAGUCUCACUGUCUUGUUCUCAGUUUGGACAACUGGAGUGUCUGGUGUUACAUAUGUGAUACUGAAGUCCAGUAUUGCAGUUCAAGCCGAUUGGGCCAAGUGGUUGAUUAUAUUAAAAAACAAGCCAGCGCUACAACUCCAAAACUAGCAUUGAAAGAUAAUGGGAACAUUGAACUUGAAAAUAAAAAAUUAGAAAAAGAAAGUAAAAAUGAGCAGGAGAGAGAAAAAAAGGAAAACAUGGCUAAAGAAAAUCUUCCCAUGAAUUCUACUUCCCAAAUUACAGUGAAAGGACUCAGUAAUUUGGGAAAUACAUGUUUCUUCAAUGCAGUUAUGCAGAAUUUGUCACAAACACCAGUGCUUCGAGAACUGCUAAAAGAAGUGAAAAUGUCUGGAGCAAUUAUAAAAAUUGAACCACCUGAUUUGGCACUAACAGAACCCCUAGAAAUAAACCUUGAGCCUCCUGGCCCUCUUACUUUAGCCAUGAGCCAGUUUCUUAAUGAGAUGCAAGAGACCAAGAAGGGAAUUGUCACACCUAAAGAACUCUUUACUCAGGUCUGUAAAAAGGCAGUGCGGUUUAGAGGCUACCAGCAGCAAGACAGCCAGGAACUACUCCGCUAUUUAUUGGAUGGCAUGAGAGCAGAAGAGCACCAAAGAGUGAGUAAAGGAAUUCUUAAAGCAUUUGGUAAUUCUACUGAAAAAUUGGAUGAAGAACUAAAAAAUAAAGUUAAAGAUUAUGAAAAGAAAAAAUCAGUACCAAGUUUUGUGGAUCGCAUCUUUGGUGGUGAAUUAACUAGUACAAUCAUGUGUUAUGAAUGCAGGACUGUCUCCUUGGUUCAUGAAUCUUUCCUUGAUUUGUCUCUUCCAGUUUUAGAUGAUCAGAGUGUUAAGAAAAGUAUAAAUGAUAAAAAUCUGAAAAAGACAGUGGAGGAUGACAGUAAAGACAGCGAGGAAGAGAAAGAUAACGAUAGUUACAUAAAAGAGAGAAAAGAGAUUCAUUCAGGAACAAGCAAGCACUUACAGAAAAAAGCAAAGAAGCAAGCCAAGAAGCAAGCCAAGAACCAAAGAAGGCAACAAAAAAUUCAAGGAAAAGUUCUUCAUUUAAAUGAUAUCUAUACUGUUGACCAUCCUGAAGAAGAUAAUGAAUGUGAAGAUGAAAUCCCACUUCAGGAAGAAGUGGAUAUUGAAUCCAGCCAUAUUUCACAAGAGGAAGUUACACAUGAAGAAUUUUGUGUUAAUCAAAAAGAUUUGAAUGUCCAAGAGAAAGCAAUAGAAAGUACAACUGACAAUCAAAAAUCCAUAGAAGAAGUAGAUAUAAUAAAUGUCAACAUGGAUAAUGAUCUGGAGGAUUUGGCAUCUUCUACUGAAUGUACUAGGACUUCAGAGGGUGCCUGUUUGGAGGAAGAGAGCCGUGGGGAAGUGGACAUUUCCAGUGAUUUCAAACACCUUAAUUUAAAUGGUGCUCUUGAACCUGAUGAAAUAAACAUAGAGAUUCUGAAUGAUGGUCAUAUUCCUGCAGCAAAGGUGUAUGAGGUCGUAAAUGAAGAUCCAGAAACUGCUUUUUAUACUCUUGCAAACAGGGAAGCUUUCAGUACUGAUGAGUGUUCGAUCCAACAUUGUUUAUAUCAGUUCACCCGUAAUGAGAAACUUAGAGAUGCAAAUAAACUGCUUUGUGAAGUAUGCACAUGGAGACAGUGUAAUGGGCCAAAGGCAAACAUAAAAGGUGAAAGGAAGCAUGUUUACACUAAUGCUAAAAAGCAAAUGCUAAUUUCUCUUGCUCCUCCUGUUCUCACACUUCAUUUAAAAAGAUUUCAGCAGGCUGGUUUUAGCCUACGCAAAGUUAACAAACACAUCCAAUUUCCAGAAAUCUUAGAUUUGGCUCCUUUUUGUACUCUUAAGUGUAAGAAUGUUGCUGAAGAAAAUGCAAGAGUACUAUAUUCCUUAUAUGGAGUUGUUGAACACAGUGGUACUAUGAGGUCGGGGCAUUACACUGCCUAUGCUAAGACAAGAACUACAAAUAAUCAUCUCUCUAAUCUUGUUCUUCAUGCUGAUAUUCCACAAGAUUUUGAAAUGGAAUCAACCAAAGGGCAGUGGUUCCACAUCAGCGAUACACAUGUGCAAGCUGUGCCUACAUCUAAAGUACUGAACUCACAAGCUUACCUCCUAUUUUAUGAGAGAAUACUGUAAUAACAAAAAAGUGUUUCCUCUGGAAGCGUUUAUAGCUUUUGCAACGGAUGUAAUAAUAAAAAAUUUAAGGCUGUAAAUCAUGUUCCCUUAAGUACAUAAAAAAUGUUUACACAAAUAUUG